CCACCCCAGAGCUCUUUCUAUACUGCUUUGCGGAAUUCCGGCGGUUCCAGUUGGGCGUGGGAAUUGGACAUAAAAGCCAGUUAAAUCCAACCAGAGAUUCAUUAAAAGACUAGCUAGGCUCUCUCCAUACCCAAAACAAAAUCUCACAUUCCCACUAGACGACCCUCCCAAACAUUCGCCAACAUGGUCAAGGUCGUGAUUGCAGGUGCCACGAGCCAGCUCGCAAGGGAGGUACUACAGGGACUGAUGCGGUCCGGAAAGCACGAGUUGCUCGGCUUGUGCCGCGAGAUCACCGAAGAGGUCGCGGUGUGGUCCGGCUCCGUCUUGUCCUUGUCCGCCACCACGUACGAGGACAAGCAGGAGCUCGUCCGGCUGCUCAAGUCUGCCGACGUCCUCCUGUGCUUCUUCUCGCCCAUGCACGACGCCGAGGGAAAGAACCAGAUCAGGCUCAUUGAUGCGGCCGUCGAGGCCGGCGUGAAGCGAUAUGUUCCCAGCGAGUGGUUUGCCGGCGCCGGACUCGCCACAGCCAUCGCCGACUUCCCCUACAUGGCCAGCAAGCUCGCCGUGCGCAAAUACCUCGAGGACCUCAACCGAGACAAGAAGGUCAUCGAGUACACCCUGUUGUCCCCCGGCAUGUUUAUGGACUACCUGGCGUACCCCCGCAGCACCGACGCCACACACACGCGCUCGUUCGAGACCUUUAUCAACAUGCAGGAGGCCCGCGGCUUCUACAUGGAGGGGCACGAGCACGACAGCUUCACCCUCACCGCCAUCACCGACAUUGUCAACGUGGUGCUGCGCGCCAUCGACUACGAGGGCGAGUGGCCCGUCAACGGCGGCGUCGCCGGCGAGACCGUCACCAUCCGGCAGCUGAUCGAGCUGGGGGAAAAGCUCAGGGGGAAGUCGUUCGCCAUCGAGGUGCUCGACCCCAAGGAUGUGGAGGCCGGGGACCUCAAGGUCACCAAGCUCGACCGGAUAACCCACCCGUCCAUCCCGCCGGAGCAGCUGGAGUACUUCACCAAGGCCGCGCUUGCCGCCACACUCCGCGCCAUCGCCACCGGAGGCAUGGUGGUCGACGGCGAGUGGAACCGCCUGCUUCCGGACUACAAGUUCAUGACGGUCGAGGAGCUGCUGCGCAAGCACUUUUAGAAUG